AUGGUCGGCAAGAAGCAGCCCGUCUACGUCCUCGGCGUGGGCAUGACCAAGUUCAUCAAACCUCGUGGCAAGGUGGACUAUCCCGAACUCGGGUUUGAAGCAGGUGUCAAAGCCAUGCUCGACGCGCACAUCAACUACGACGACGUCGACCAAGGUGUCGCAUGCUACUGCUAUGGCGACUCAACUUGCGGUCAGCGCGUCUUCUACCAGUUUGGCAUGACUGGCAUUCCAGUAUACAAUGUCAACAACAACUGCUCGACUGGCUCAACAGGCCUGUACAUGGGACGAAACAUGAUUGCGCAUGGAGCGGCCGACUGCGUCUUGGUCGUGGGCUUUGAGAAGAUGUUCCCAGGGUCGCUGCAGACCUUCUUCCAAGAUCGCGCAAACCCGACAGGCACGUCAAGUUUAAUGAUGAAAGAGACGAGAGGCAUUACCAAGGCCCCUGGUGCCGCUCAGAUGUUCGGAAACGCUGGACGGGAGCACAUGGAGAAAUACGGCUCUGAACUCAAAGACUUUGCAGAAAUUGGUCGCAUCAACCACGCGCACUCCAAGAACAACCCCUACUCGCAAUUCCAAGACGAAUACACCCUCGAACAAGUCAUGAAUGCACCCAUGAUUCACGAACCCCUCACAAAGCUUCAAUGCUGCCCGACUUCGGAUGGAGCUGCUGCCACAGUCCUUGUCUCGCAGGAGUUUCUCGACAAGCGUCCCGAGCUCAAGGACCAGGCUAUCCUAAUUGCUGGACAAAGACUCGCGACCGACACACCGUCACUGUUCAACCGAAGCGCAAUUGAACUAGUAGGAUACAGCAUGAGUGAAUUGGCUGCCCGUGAAGCACUCGAGGAGGCCAGCGUAUCGCCAGACGAUGUCAAGGUGUGCGAACUCCAUGACUGCUUCUCUGCCAACGAGAUGGUUACCAUCGAAGCCCUCGGCUUGGCUCCCAAAGGAAAAGCUCAUGAGCUGAUCCGCAAGGGCGGCAUAACCUAUGGUGGAAAGGUUGUCAUUAACCCCUCUGGCGGUCUGAUCUCCAAAGGCCAUCCUCUAGGUGCCACGGGUCUCGCCCAAUGCGCAGAAUUGGUUUGGCACAUGCGCGGUUGGGCUAACAAUCGCUCAGUCAAGGACACCAAGGUGGCUUUACAACACAACCUGGGUCUCGGGGGCGCGGUAGUCUGCACAGUCUACAAGAGGCACGAUGGAAGCGCUGCGACGGAUAAGUCAGAUGAGCAGAUUGGCAAGAUUACAGGACUAGGAUACAACCCAGCGACUGUCGCGAAGGGCUUCACAAAGGAGCAGGUUGAAGCUGUCAGGAGCAAGAAGGCCAGGAGUCAAUGGGCAUUACAAGAUACAGAACAAAAGGUUGAGGCUAGGUUCUAG